GGCUGGGGCUGGGGCUGGGGUCGGAGUCGGAGUCGGAGUCGGGGUGGUUCCUGCCUGGCGAUGCCUCCAGGGCCUCUGCUGCGCCUUCCCCGGGAGGCCGCGGGCGGGCGCUUCGCAUUCCCCAAGGGCCGGCCGCGGGGAGGCUUUCCUGGGCGUCGCUCCGCUGGAGCAGGCACGGACACGCUGUUCCGAGCGCAGCCCUCGCCUUGUCAGGAAUUUAGCCUUCAUUGUUCGUAUUAAACCCAUCUUGAUGGGUAUACGUGGUCGAAAGCUCAGCGGGUUUGGUUCUGAGCGCUGUUUUGAUGUACCGAGUUUGCCUCGGGAGGGGCCCUUGGCUCGAGUCUCACCUGAGCCGGCAUCCUAGGGAAGGAUGUUCAGCGCUGAAGAGAAUGCCCUGCGCCGGUUCAAGGAAACCGUGCCAGCUAAAUGCUUAAGGUCGUGUUAUGGUUAAAGCUCCUUCAGUUUCGGUGUUCGGUUGUACGUCGGUGUUUUUCUUCUCCGAUUGCAAAACAUUAGUUGAGGUUAUCAAUGGGCCGAGUGAUCCAGGCUUUUCAGGUGAGGUGAAGGUGAAGAAGGGUGGUUUGUUGGUCCUUUUGAUGUAUGUCAUUUCUCCGGAGAGCUGAGUGAGAUAUUAUCUUCUGUGAUUGUGACAUAGGUUUUCAAAUUCCCAGUGGCAGUUGUAGAUUUCACUUUCUUUGCCUUAAGUGUUGGUAACUCGCUGUUUACCUUUGGGAAUGAAAACAGGAGAAAAACCUUAAGAGUACUGUAAACAGUACUGGUUUGGAAACAAUGUUCAAUUUUAGAUUAAGACAGUGUUUAGAAAGACAGUGCUUAACCAAGUCCUUUUUGAUCUGAGUUAUUUUCAUCUGUUAAUUUUCUUUUUUCUUUCUUUGUAAUUUGAACAGAGUUAGUUAAGAGUGUUUUGGUUGGAAUAUAUGGCAGUAUAUGAAGAGAUCAGUUGACAGCUUUUUGAUUUGAAAUAGUGGAGCUCUUCAACAUUCUGCCAUAUUAGGUGUAUGUUUGUACUUAAGUACUGGUGUGAUUUUCCAAAUGGAUUCUGCCAGUCAACAUACAGUAAAUGGUCUGUUGUGGUUAAUACUUCUUUGGAAAUCUCAUGUCAGGUUGUUUCUUUUUUUUAUUCAUACACUACUCAAACUCCCAACAAAACAGUUGUUAUGCUGUGUGCAGGCAGUCCUUUUUUCCUUAUUACUUUUUAAUUUACAUUUUCUUUUUUUUUUUUUUUGUAGAGUUCAGCUAGAUCAGUGUUUAUAUAUACAUACAGACAAUAGUUUAUAUAUAUAGUAUAUGUAUUAGUUGCUGUAGGUGACUGAGGCCAGAGUGAUUUGAGGUGAAGUUACUUGGACUUGCUCAGUUUCCACUGUUACAAAGUGCAGCUAUAUCAAUAGACCUGCUUAAACAUGAAGUUGAUCUUGGCUUUAUCUGCCAGCUAGACACAAUAAUAGAGGUGUGAGAGCUUAGUUAAGAAGUCUCUAUCACCAGGCUGUUGACAGGAAAUUACGGCAGUGAUGAUAGCAACAACUGUUAUUAUUAGUAUUUAAAUACGUCACCUCAUAAAGCAUCUUUUAGAGAACUAUAAAAUUGCAACAGUUGGAAUGACAUAGUUAUGCUUAUCACAAUAUGGAAAGAUUAAAUAUCAGAGUAUGUGGCUUUGUUAACUAUCUUUUUUAACAGCUGUGAUUUUGGAGAGUUUCACAAUUCAUGGUUGAAAAUUUUACAGUAACUUAAAAAAGACUGGAAAUUAAUUUUGCACUUUUACACUGCAUGUUGCUCUUUCUGUAAUCACCUCUCUGUAUCUCUUCAUUUUUUCAAACAUCCUAUUCUAAAAAUUUCCUUAAGGGUUAGGGAAGUUGAGAUUAAUGAAAGUUAACUAUUUCUUUAAAUUAUCUUUUAGGUGGCUUGAGAACCCAUCAGUGAUUCUGUAUAUAAUCUACAAGUAUAUAUCACAGAUUGAGUGAAAUAACUGGAAUUUUUCUGUUCUUGUUGUAUUACAAAAAUACACUGGUAAGUCAAGAAAUUGAAUCUUAAAAAUCUGAGCAAAGCUGGAUCCAGAACAUCUUCUCACAAACAACCAAGUAAUGUGAUGAAUAACAGAGGUGGUGAUCUGGUAGCAGGCAAAAGAAAGAGUAAGUAACUGCAAUUCCUGGAGAAGGCUCCAGACUGCCAGCUUGUGGUGAAUGUAGCAGCGCUGGUGUGGUGGUAGUCUGACGAUACAGAUUUUCCAUAAAGGUUGCAGUCUGAGGUGUAAGUAUGUGAAGGAACAUAGUAACUUAGGAAGACAGAUAAUUAGGAAAAUCUCCAAGGUAUCCUCACAGGAAGAACUCAAAACUUCCAUUAUUUAACUUCAGAAGAGUAAUUUUUUUUUAAUGUGAUUUUUCCUCCAUUUAUGCAUUUACAGUCUUCUUAUCUGUUUCAGAUAUUGUGAAUAAACAUCUUUAUUUGCAUGGUUAACUGAACAUGACAUGAAUUAAAAGUGAUAUGAUAAUAAAUGAAUAUAAAGAAGUAAUUUCUCUCUCCAGUCCCUGGAGCAAACUGCAAGUAUCUGGCUCUCCAUUAUGUUUUGUAGAAUAGCAGAAAGCUAGGAGACCAUGCUUCCAAGGAAAUUGUUUGGGUUCUCUGGAAAAAAUCUAUUACAGGUUCAGAGAAGAAGGAAACAUCACUUAUGUAGCUGUAAGUAACCAUCUCUCUGUCAUUCUCAGUACUGGGGUGUACCUUGAACUUGGAAGGCUCUCAGGGAGGGUAUAGCAAGAGCCUAAGACCAGUUGGAAACUAAAUUAAAUUCUUAUAUUCUAUCUUACUGUGACAGAACCUAAAGUAUGCCUUCAAUACACCUAUUUCAAUAUUAUGUUAUUAGCCAAAUGUAGAUUUUUAGUGCUGCAGACAGAGUUUUGUGUGUUGUGGUCCCCAGGUCUCUCCAGUCACUGGGCUGUUCAUCUUAAUCUAAUUUUAUUGCUUCCUUCCUUCCAUUUCUUUCUGGGUAGUAAACAUAAUGUUGAUACUGCAGUGAUAAAUUGAUGUAGUUCUGUCUUUCUACAUUUGUAUUCAUUUGGAAACACUAAAUGUUGAUAAUAACAGUGUAGUUAGUAGUGUUGAUGCCAUUCCCUUGCUUUAGCAAAACUGAGCACUUAAUAUUUAUCUCCAAACCUGCUCUGGUACGCUUAUUUUCACUCAAGCCUUUGGUUUCACCUCUAGUAACUUCUGCAUCAGUGAUGCGUUUUCCAUAUGAAGUCAUGAAGACUAAAACUACAUUAAGAGAUAAUCGUUCUUAAAUAAAGCAGAAAGAAUUGCAGAUUUUUCAUAUGCACUGAGAUUUUGAUGUCACCUUCUUGUAGUCCUUCCCCAUAUAAACAAGGAGGCAAAUUUUAUUUCUGAAUGAGCUGAUCUAUUUUUGGAUUCCUUCUGUGACAAAUGACUAGGGAUUCUAACAAUUGAACUUCCUCCAUUGCAAGCCAUCUUAAUCAUCUGCAGACCAGGUUUGUCCUCUAGAAUGAAUGAGGAAGAGAUAGUAAAGUAAUUAAGACUGGAUUUGGGUCUCAUUACUAAUUGAAUUUUAACUUAAUUAUAUUAAGGCUGAAGUAUUAACCCAUUGUAAACAUUGGAGAUUGUUUCUUAGAUACAUGUUUGUGAGUGAGCUAACUAGGAAAAGAACUUCCCUCAGAACUUAUACCUCAUCUCAUGUUACAUUUGUAGGUUUUUAAACUGACAACAGAGGAAUUUAGAAUAGGGAAGUCACUCUAAGGGUUUCAACAAAUAAAAUAAACUUUAUGCAUAUUAAAAAUUGAGGGCAAUGUGGAACUUGUUUUUGCUUGGAUGAGUGCUGUGUAGAGAAUCCUUUCCAGUGAAGAGGAAAGAGAAGUAGGAAAGAGAGACAGUAACAAUGUAUUUGCAUAAUAUUGUUUACAUGGAUUAUGCUAUUUUAAUAAGUUACUUCAUUUAUCACAAACUCAGGUAUCUUCUGAAAUCCAAACCAGAUCAGAACAACCACAGAAACUAAAAGAAAUUGUAUUUCUCAAAAAUCAUUGUGUAUCAGAUACAGGUAUGGAGCACACUUUGUUUUCCAUUUGCUGCAUUUGAUGAAAUUGUUCGGUUCAAAUAGGUCCUUUUUUUUUUUUGCGUUUCCUUUCUGUAAAUUCUGUCUUAUAUCUGCUACUCAGGUUUCCUCAGUGUGUCUUGUGAAAAUAAUCCAAUGUAGAUUAGCCAUGCUGUUUUGUAAUUCUUUGCUCUGCAAGUAUGAUAUUUUUAGAACUUUUUGCAUAGCAAUUACUGUUUUGUUUUAUGAUUCCUACCCAUUACCUUUACCCCUAGCUUGGCUCAGUUAGUUAGGCUGUGUGAAUUGACAGACACUCCAAUUCCAAAUAUGCAACUGCUUUUGUAAGCUAAACUAAUGAUGGCUAAUAACUGGGGAUGCUGAAGAGGCACUCCUAAAUCCUGGAUUUACUUUGCUGCUGCUCUCUUGUGCUGGUCGUCAUUUUCAUCUGUUCAUGCAGGAAGGCACUCCUGGGAACUAAACAGAAGAUUGGUGACUUGUUUAUGAAGGGGUUGUUCUACUGGUAGUUAUCCUGUGGCAGGAAUAGCUUCCCACAAAGACCUUUCCAGGGGGAGUUACUAUGCAGAACAUAAUGAAGGUGCCAAACUGUAAACACUAGGAAUUGAAUAAUUGAUAUUGAAUAGUCAAUGACGGAAGAGAAGGGGAAUAUUAUUCUCUUGAUUAUGGCUCUGUCUACUCUUUUGGAAACAGCAAUAUCAUUAUACAUAGGAGUGCCAAUAACUCUGUUCCAAGGGUUUGUUCUUGAUAAAAUAGUCUCAAAAAUAGUAGAUGGUAGUUUUGCUCUUUGGCAGACCUACAGGUCAGUACAUGGGCAAGCUCUGUGCUUGUGUUGCAGCAUGUUGUAAUUUGGGUGCGUUUUUUUGUUUUCUAUUAUUGAAGCAUAGCUUACAUAUGUUUUCAUGUAUAUCCUAAUAAUGAAGUUUGGUUUUGCGUCUUUGCAGUGUCCAGAGGAAUGACCUCAAUCCUCACCUUCCACUAUGCAACUGUUAUGAGCACAUAUUGUAGAGAGCAUCUUAAAACUGCAAAAUCCUGAAGGUACAUGAUGUGAAAGGAUUCAAGAUAGUGGAUAAGUAAAGCAGGCAGUAGGUUUCCCUGUCAAUUGCAUAUCUCAGCAAAGUGCUUGGUGUAUCUCUCCAUCAGCAAGUGACAAGAUAUAUUCCUCUUCUUGCAGUAGGUAACUCCAAGCAGUAAUUCCAACAAAUGCUUAAAUGGAAAUGGGGUAAGGGCCUUUGCAUAGCAGCUUUACUACUUGAAGACCACUCUGUCAAAUGAUCUUCAAGCUUAUCUGUAGAUAACAUUCCAUAAGACUGCUUGGCAGAUGCAGCUUACAGAGAUAUUUCUUAGCAAGCACCCUGAUCAAGCAUGACUUCUGGUGGAGCUCUGAGGAUAAAAGGUCUCUGGACCUUCAUCAGUACCAUAAAAGGCACUGACACAGCUCCCAGUCUGUUUUUAAACUUGUAUUUUGGUGAAGACUGUCCGUUUGGAUCGACAUGAACUGUUCUGAAGGGUCAGACUAAAGGGUCUUAGCAAUUCAUAAAAAAAGAACUGCUUUGGUUGUGAGAAUGAGAAGGGUGGUAUGUGCAGGUAGUAAGAGUUACUGAGGUUGUAAGAAACAAAAAAUCCUUGAUUCCAUAGCAGCUGGUGAACAUUAUAUACACCAAUAUUACUUAAUUUUAUUCCCCCUUUUGUCAUAAUACAACUAAAACUUCCAGAUCAGAAGAGUGAGAAGGAAAAUCCAGACAGUUCUUCCUAACUAGAGAACAAGGAAUAUAUUCAGUAAACAGGUAGGAGUAAAAUGGACUAACACUUUUUUUUAACAUAUUUGAAGCCAAAAAUUUGAUCUUCGUUCUGGAAUGGUCAUCCAGGACUUUGAACCAUAUAUCCCACUCAGUCUAGUACAAUAUACCAGUCUUUCUUACAAGAUAUCAAUAACUAGGAGAUGGAUCAGUGAUAAUGUAUAUUUUUCUGUAAAAAUAAAAAUUUGCAAAGAUCACCCAGAAGAUACAGAGUGAUCCUGCACUACCACCCCAGAGACUGAAAAUAAACAGCUGAAAUUAUGUGAGCACACUGCUGUAAUCUGUCUAUUGAUAAGGUUACAGUCUUUUCCAAGGUGAAUGCUGUUCUGGCUUCUGUGAGGUCUGCAACCUUUCUUUUGUGAACUUGUGAAGUAAUGCAGUGAGUAUUCUACCACUGCCACAUACCAUGACUGAUGAAGUAAGUGAAAUCUAAAAGCAUUCCCAUGUAGGAUGAGAGGACCUUGGUAAUGUGUCUCAUAGAUGAGUGUGAAGGUGUAAAUUGUAAAAUGGAGAAGCUGAGCUAGAAAAUUUACUGGUGAUACAUGACCUUAAGACAUCAUACAGAAGUAUCACAUACAAGGUUAGGCAGGUCAUCAUGACAGGAAGAAGACCCACGCAUAUAUGUUAUGGUAGUCCAAAACCUUUCUCAAAAUCCAGAUUGUUGCAGGUUCUAAGGAGUGAGGAGUGAGUUCCAGUUCUUUCUGGUCCCUUCAGCAGCUAGCUGUCCAGCCCAGGAGAGGGAUACAAAGUUGCAUCCAAAGUAGUGAUUCUGUUGCGAAUUUGACAGCUAGUGGAGGUGAAAGCUGGUAGGCAGAAGAUCCUCCUUCUGUGAAGUUUUCCAUGCAGUGAGUCAGCAUUGGCAACUUGUUUAACAGUUUGACGCUGACAGGUGUGAGGAUUCUGAAGGUCUGAAACUGAAGCCCCUUGCACAUGUUGAACUGGUGUGAAAAAAAGGUGCUUAGGGGUCUGUUGCCAUCAAACUAGGCAUCAGAGGACUUCUUAUUUUUGGCUUGAAAUUGAACCAUAUUCUUUUGAGUAACCAUGUCUUUCUUGUGAGGUGGAAAAGACAAAGGUAACAGAUCUUUGACUUUAUAGGCACAUGUGCUGAGGACUGGUCAAAUACCCCAGACAAUACUACAUGCUGUUCUACAUGGGCUAAUGUACCAAUACUUAAAAUUGAGACGUUGAGCAUCCUGCUGUGGUAGCCUGUCAUAAGGUCAAUGGGAAAUUAUUUAGAAGUCUAAGACUCCUAAUACAGAGGUUUUGUUGAGUCUUGAUCUUUGUGCUGUUACUCUGAAAUACCAUAAGAAGGAAUGGCAUGAGGUCUGUGUCCUAGCCUGGAUGCUCCAGAGCGAAAACUCCACACACCACCUUCUUAGUGAGAGUAACUGGAAAGAAUCUAGAGGCAUGAAUUUAAAUUACAGAAAAGUGGUCAAAUAGUGCAUAUACCAGUAAGGAGUACCGCAUUAUCCAAGGGAUGUCCAGGAACUAUGGAAUGCUGUAGCCCACCUGGCAGAAAAAAGAAACUGGGAAAAAGCCAGACUUGAUGUGUGUUGAACACAUUAGAAUGCGGACACCAUCAAGGUUUCUGUGGAAAACUUGUCUCCACUUAAAAAGUAUUUGUACAGCUGCACCGCAGAUACACAUGAAUUAUCCCUUAAAAGAUAAACCAACGUAUUUCCUUACCAUCGUCUUACUAGGUUUUUGACAUUAUUAAUUUUUAUACUCUGCACAUUAGUGUACAUGAUAUGGUAUGGUAUGAUACUCGCUCUUUAAUACUUUUCUAUCACAGGUUGUAUUCCAGCGCAACAACACUAAUUUAUAUCAGCAUGUUGCAAGACUUCUGAGACUGGUGGCAGGAUCACUACAACAAUUUAACUGGAGAGUAGUUCCUCACAGGUAAACAUUACCAAAUGAGGAGAAAAGGAAGAUGCCAUCGAGUAUCGGCAGCAAGGCAUUCUUCUUCCCCAUGCAGUAUUAAGCACUCCCCGACACGAGAAACCUUGACAUAUGCUCAAGCUCAAAGGAUGGUUGAAAUAGAAAUUGAAGGUCGCCUGCAUAGGAUCAGUAUCUUUGAUCCUUUAGAAAUUAUAUUAGAAGAUGAUCUUACUGCCCAGGAAAUGAGUGAAUGCAACAGCAAUAAAGAAAAUAGUGAAAGGCCACCAGUUUGUCUAAGAAGCAAACGCCAUAAAAAUAACAAAGUGAAAAAGAAAAAUGAAGCUCUUCCGAGCUCACAUGGUAUACCUGCUACAACAGCUCCUCUUCCAGAACCAAAAGUACGGAUUGUUGAAUACAGUCCCCCUUCAGCUCCUCGGAGACCUCCAAUUUAUUACAAAUUUAUUGAGAAGUCAGCAGAAGAACUUGAUAACGAAGUUGAGUAUGACAUGGAUGAAGAAGAUUAUGCAUGGUUAGAAUUGAUCAAUGAUAAGCGGAAAAGUGAUGGAGUGUCUGUUGUUUCCCAAAAUAUGUUUGAAUUCCUUAUGGAUAGGUUUGAAAAAGAGUCUUAUUGUGAGAACCAAAAACAGGGUGAUCAUCAGUCUUUAAUUGAUGAAGAUGCAGUGUGUUGUAUAUGCAUGGAUGGUGAAUGUCAGAACAGCAAUGUGAUCCUGUUUUGUGAUAUGUGUAAUUUAGCAGUACAUCAGGAAUGCUAUGGGGUGCCAUAUAUACCUGAGGGCCAGUGGCUCUGCAGACACUGUUUGCAGUCCCGCUCUCGGCCUGUAGACUGUGUGCUGUGCCCAAACAAGGGAGGUGCCUUUAAAAAGACAGAUGAUGAUCGUUGGGGACACGUGGUGUGUGCUCUGUGGAUUCCAGAAGUUGGAUUUGCCAAUACGGUUUUUAUUGAGCCAAUUGAUGGUGUCAGGAACAUUCCCCCAGCCAGAUGGAAGUUAACAUGCUACCUCUGUAAACAGAAAGGUGUUGGUGCCUGCAUCCAGUGCCACAAAGCAAACUGCUAUACUGCAUUCCAUGUGACGUGUGCUCAAAAGGCUGGUCUGUAUAUGAAAAUGGAACCUGUGAAAGAACUAACUGGCAGUGGAACAACAUUCUCUGUGAAAAAGACUGCCUAUUGCGAUGUACAUACUCCACCAGGUUGCACACGGAGACCACUCAAUAUUUAUGGAGAACCUGAAAUCAAAAACGGUGUUUGCAGAAAGGAGGGAUCAGUCAGAACUGCUAGGUCUACAUCAAAAAUCAGGAAAAAGACAAAAAAAGCCAAGAAAACAGUGGUUGAACCCUGUACAGUUAUGCCAACAGUAUCUGCUCCUUAUAUUCCCCCCCAGAGAUUAAAUAAGAUUAUGAAUCAGGUGGCCAUUCAGCGAAAGAAGCAUUUUGUUGAACGAGUGCACAGUUACUGGUUGCUCAAAAGACUGUCUAGGAAUGGUGUUCCACUCUUGAGAAGGCUGCAAUCCAGUUUACAGUCACAAAGAAACACACAACAGAGAGAAGAUGAUGAAGAAAUGCAAGCCUUAAAAGAAAAAUUGAAGUACUGGCAAAGGCUGCGCCAUGAUCUUGAAAGAGCACGUUUAUUGAUAGAACUUAUACGUAAGCGUGAAAAAUUAAAAAGAGAACAGGUCAAGCUUGAGCAGGUUACUAUGGAACUUCAGCUUAUUCCAUUCACUGUACUUCUGCGAUCGGUUCUGGAUCAGCUGCAGGAAAAGGAUUCUGCUCGUAUAUUUGCUCAGCCGGUGAACCUUAAAGAGGUUCCAGACUAUUUGGAUCAUAUUAAACAUCCUAUGGAUUUCUCUACCAUGCGGAAACGGUUAGAAGCUCAAGGCUAUAAAAACCUCACUGAGUUUGAAGAAGACUUCAAUCUGAUCAUAGAUAACUGUAUGAAGUACAAUGCAAAAGAUACAAUAUUUUAUAGAGCUGCAGUGCGGUUACGAGAUCAAGGAGGUGUAGUUCUCAGGCAAGCCAGGCGAGAUGCUGAAGGAAUCGGUUAUAACAAUGAAACUGGAAUGCACUUACCAGAACGGCCUAAACUUGAGUCACCCCAGCCUUUCUCUUGGGAAGAUGUGGAUAGGUUACUGAAUCCUGCAAACAGAGCACAUAUGUCCUUGGAAGAACAGCUGAGAGAGCUGCUAGAAAAACUUGAUCUCACCUGUGCAAUGAAAUCCAGCGGGUCAAGGAGCAAAAGAGCAAAGCUGUUAAAGAAAGAAAUCAGCAUUAUUCGCAACAAACUCAGUCAGCAACACAACCAAGCUCCUCAAAUAGAGUCAGGUAUUGGAAGUUUCGAGGAAGAAAGUGCAGCAUUAGAUCAGGAUGGAGAAGAAGAAGGAGAUAAAUCUCCCCCUAAACUUGAACCAUCAGAUGCAUUACCUCUUCCUUCAAACUUGGAGACUAAUUCAGAACCACCAACCCUCAAACCAGUAGAACUCAAUCCAGAGCAGAGUAAGCUUUACAAAAGAGUAAAAUUUGAUAAUGAAUUAUAUAGCACUUCCAUUCAGAAAGAAAUAAAUGGACACACUCCAGAACACUUACUUGACAGUAAUCUCAAUGAGUCGACUGUUUCUGCUGUAGCUGAGUCAUCAACUGAUGUAAACAGACGUACAUCCAUUCUCUUCUGCAAAUCGAAAAGUAUAAGCCCCCAAAAGUCUGCAAAGAACACUGAAACCCAGCCAACUUCUCCACAGCUAGGGACCAAAACCUUUUUGUCUGUAGUCCUUCCAAGGUUGGAGACACUUCUGCACCCAAGGAAAAGAUCAAGGAGUGCAUGUGGAGAUUCUGAGGUUGAUGAUGAGUCCCCUGUAAAGCGCUUGGAUACAGGUCUAUCAAAUGGUUUUGGAGAUGAAAGUAAAGAGAGAGCAUUAGAUGAUACUCCAGGAAGAAAAGUUGAACCUCGUCGUCGCUGUGCAUCAGAAUCUAGUAUUUCAUCUAGUAACAGUCUCUUGUGUAACUCAAGUUUUAGUCUCCCGAAGUGUGGUAAAGGUAAACCUGCCCUGAUACGGAGACACACACUGGAAGAUCGAAGUGAACUGAUAUCUUGCAUUGAAAAUGGAAACUAUGCCAAAGCAGCAAGAAUUGCAGCUGAAGUUGGGCAUAGCAGUAUGUGGAUUUCAACUGAUGCUGCAACAUCUGUUCUUGAGCCUCUAAAAGUAGUAUGGGCCAAAUGCAGUGGAUAUCCCUCUUACCCAGCUCUGAUUAUUGACCCUAAGAUGCCUCGUGUUGCUGGCCAUCACAAUGGUGUUACUAUACCAGUGCCACCUCUGGAUGUACUGAAAAUUGGAGAACAAAUGCAGACCAAAUCAGAUGAGAAACUAUUCUUAGUACUAUUUUUUGACAACAAAAGAAGUUGGCAGUGGCUUCCCAAAUCUAAAAUGGUUCCCCUUGGGAUAGAUGAGACCAUAGAUAAGUUAAAAAUGAUGGAAGGACGGAACUCGAGCAUACGAAAAGCAGUAAGAAUUGCUUUUGAUCGUGCUAUGAAUCACCUGAGUCGAGUCCAUGGAGAACCAGUCAGUGACUUCAGUGAUAUUGACUAACAGAGAUUCUCUAGCAAGGCAUGAAAAAUACCACAGAGACUUGAACUCUACUAAUGAACCUCUUUGUCUAAAAGAAUGUAUUGAAGAUACAACCCCUUAAUUGUUGAUUCAGUGGCUGAGUUCUGCAAACUUGAAAUAGUUGAGCAAUUCUUCUAAAUCACCAUUGCCAUAUUGAUUAAUUAUUUUAUUGUGUUGUAGAUUGGAGGAUUUUCCACUAAACCUGUUAAAAUGUCUUGUUCAUAGUGUUCAUAAUUGUACAUAAAUGUAUAUUCAACACUUAACUUAUUCUGAUUUUAGAAGUAGCUCCUUAAUUCCUUUUAUAAUUUUGUUGGGGAGGGAAUUGGUUUUUGUUUUUUUCCAUGCUUUUUACUUUUUUCUUUCUUUCUUUCUGAGGUUGUUACCUAAGCACCAUCUUCCAGCUUGAGGUGUUUAGUGGAUCUUAAAGCCUAAUAUAAAAAUGGCAUCAAAUAUAUGUUUGCCUAAAUCAUAUACAGUAUGGUGCUGCUUGUAUCAUUUCUUCCUUGGUCUGUAGCUUCUGAAAAAGACUUCUGAAUGUUUGUGUAAAUUGUUGCUCUUUGCACAAAGUACCACAUAUUUAAGAUUGAUGUAAAUUUACAAUUACAAAUAUGUAUUUUAAGAAAGGAAGUUGCAUUAUUUUGGAGGGUACUUUGUGAGAAAGACAUCAAUAAAAAUUAUACUAUGUACAUCACUUGCAAAUCACCAAAAACACUCCAUUGUUGCCCAAAAUGACUUGAGGUUGUUACUGUUUUAAACAAACCUGGCUUAAAGCCUGCAAGCACAUUAUUUCUUUCAAAACCAUAUCCCAUUUAUCUCUCAUUGGUUUAAUUUUGUUGAUAUGUGUGCCUCCCUGUGUUUUAUUUAUUGUAGAAAAUGUAUUAAUUUGCUUUAUAAUGAAAAAAUAAAAUUGACAAAUAUAUUGAUAUGCAUUUUUAUACAGGCACAUGAGAAGACAACUUGCUUUGGGAGAAAAAUGUAUUGGAAAUUGUAAAAAAUAACUUGAUGGUUUGUGUGUAAUUCGGUUUUUUGGUAACUUGUAAUCUUUUGUUUCCAAUGAGGGGAUUUAUGUAACUUUUAAUUUAGAACACUUUGGUAGCAAUAGAAACUUUGGAUACAUUUUUGUAUGGUACAUGUGAUGUAUAUAGAAUUAGUACUUUAUUUUUAUUUUUAAGAAGUAAAGCAUUAUGUUUGGGCAGGGGGAAGAAGGAGGGUGGGUUUCCAGAACUGCAUUUUUAUAUUAAAAAGAAAAAAAAAUAAAGUCAAGAUAUUGAUUGUUGUAGCUACUUUA